ACAAAGGAGCGACGAGAAGGAAACCUUACCCGGAUACUAAUCUCGUCAUGGCAGCACCAAAUCCUUCCCCAGCUAUGGCGGCGGCGGCGGCGGCGGCGAGGGCUUGGUGGCGGACGGAAUUUCCAGCGGCCGCGUCUGGCAGCUGCUUCGUCCCUGUCGGAGCGAAGCGCUUCAACACAGGGCUUCAAAUGACAAGCACCCGCCUGCACCCCAAGAUCAGCACUCCUCACGUCAAAAGCGGUGAGGCAGCAGAGGGAAGCCCGAGCUCGGACACCGAGAACGCCACCACCGCCAUCCCUGUCGUCGACGAGGAGACGCUGCGGCGCGACCUGGAGGCGGCAAUCGAGGAUGAGGACUACGUGAGCGCGGCCCGUCUCCGCGAUGAACUCCGCCACCUCCGGGAGGAUGGGCGGUCGGCGGUUCUGGCGGCAAACGCUCGGUUCUACGACGCGUUCCGGGAGGGCGACCUGGCGGCGAUGCGGUCGGUGUGGGCCAAGGGGGGGCACGUGUACGUGGUGCACCCUUCGGCCGGGCGGAUCGGCGGGCAUGAGACGGUGAUGCGGAGCUGGGAGAUGGUGUGCGACGCCGACCACGAGUUCCCGCUCCGUCUGGAGCUGCAGGAGGUUGAGGUGCACGUCAGGGGCGACAUGGGGUAUGUGACCUGCCUGGAGCUUGUCAAGACGAGGGGCAGUGGUGGCAGCUGGGGCAAGCAGAUCGCCACCAAUGUGUUCGAGAAGGUCGGCGACGAGUGGCUCAUGUGCGUCCACCAUGCCUCGCACCUCGACGACGACGAGUGAUCAGAUUCCUUUGGCUUUGGGAGCACAGGUGCGAGCUGCUGCAUUGCUGAGAGGGGUAUACAGAUCAUACUGUUUGGGAGUUGAGCCUUCGAUUCUAGUCUUCUCUGGUUCGUUCAAUUUUGACGUACUUGGGUAUACAGACUGUUUGGGAGUUGGGCCUUCGAUUCUAGUCUUCUGGUUCAUUCAAUUUUGUAGUAUCAUCACAUUCGUAUGGCAUUCCUAUCCUCACUGUUGUAUUCAUCGCAUUCAUAUGAUAUUAUUCUGUGUCAGUUGAAGGAAAAAACUGAUAGAUCGGCAGAGAUGAUUGUCGAGA